UGUUUAUAAUGAUCAAUAACUGGGCUUCAUCGUUUUAUCAACGUAUAUAAAGUUAUAACUAUUGCAGCCUGUAUCUAAUUUUUGUGAUUCAUUUGUGUUCAUACUCGUAUUCAAAGGCUGAUUUCAUUUUUUUUAGUUAUAAUCGUGAAUUAUCAAUUAUUUGGUGAUAAUACUGUUUACUGUUGCACGAAAAAUCUGAUAAUGAAGACAGAUAUUUGACAGUAUGUGUCGCUAUAUCGUUCUUUUUCUUUUUGUUGUUGGUCGGAAUGUGUAACCCAUUUUAAGGAAAAAAAAAUUUAUUUUGUUUUGAUUUACAUCGAAUAAAGAAUGACUGCCAUAAUGCAAACCCUUCAACUUAUUGGAGUUUUAAUAUUGUGUUCUCACUUUUGUCAUGGUCAAGGUAUCAUUGGAAAACCAAAAUUUCCUCCUGUUUUUCAAGCAGAAGUGCAAGGCAUUUUUAAAGAUGUGAAAAAGGAGUUGAGUGGUACUUUGUACUACGACAGCAUAAACAGAAGAGGAUCUUUCCAUUUCACGUCUGAGGGUGUUACUACACGAUCCAUUUACAGAUUCGAUGAUAAUGAACUGCUCCAAAUUAACGGUACCGAUUGUACUGUUUCCAGCAUCAAGACUGAUUCUGUCAAUAGAUUCUUCCCAUUUUUUAUCGAUCAAUAUGGAAAAACAGUAUUAGCAAAACCAGAAGAACUGUUCUUUUUUACAGAUUCGACUUUCGUUAGUGAGGGGUCUGAUUUUCCUUCGUAUGUGUACAAGGGGAAGUUGAAUUCUCCAUUUUAUAAUGGUCCCAACUGUGAAGUUACCCAUAUUUUUACAAAACCGGAGCUGAAGGUUCCAGAUUGUGAAAGCAAUGUUUGCGAACCCACACUUGCUGCCAUAUUGAUUAAAUGUUUGAAUGAAGAUGGAAGCGUGAAAAUCGAAACAACAUACGAUUUCUAUCGAUUCAAAUCUAACAUUAUUGAUACAAACGUAUUCCUGCCACCUUCUGGAAUUUUUUGCCAUGUGACGAGUAAAAACAAGUUUCCAGGUCUACCAGAUUAUUUCAGCUUCUCUUAUGAUGUCACUGACGAUCGGAAUUCCCGUGUGCUUACUGUUCACAAAAAGGUUUGGUAUGACACCAAGAUGAAUGUCCUUAGAACGGAUGAAUUCGAUGCUGAAGGAGUACCAAUUGUAUCUAGAGUUUUCGAUGUGAAUAGUGGUGUAGCGUAUACUUCAAGAGCCAGUUUAUCGACCUGUGAAACGGGUCUCAUCAGCAACGAAGUUGUGCCUGUGGAUGAAAUUGCAAAACUACCAAAAGUGUUUUUCCAGGACAAAAAUGCACUAAGCAAAGCUGUAUGGGUCGGAACUAGACGUAUUCAUGGGCAGAAAUAUGAAGAAUGGAGUCUCUUAUCUGACAAUAAACAGGCAACCACAAGAAUUGUCCAGGAUUUUUAUUUUAAAAAGAGUAUACCCAAACCAGGUGUAUCUGAAAUAGUAAAGCUUUCUCACGCUGAAGUCUAUUCGUAUCAAAAAAGUAUAUCUGAACAGCCAGUGUUCACCUACUUACCGGUCAAUAAUUUCAUAGACAGGUCCAGAUGGGAAGCGUUCGAUGUAUCAGCUUGUUUCGCAAAUGAGCAAAAGAGAAGAUUUAAGUUAAAGGUGGAAGGUCCUCCAACAGCGAAAGAUAGUAAAUUAUUUCAAGAAAUUCUAAACCAGUUGUAUGUGAAUUUGAUUCGAGCAACCAAUAUAUCUGCUAUUAGACUGAAUGACUUAGCUUGCGGGUUCGAUGGUGUAAGAAUUGUUGAAUUCAGUGGCUUGCUGCUAGAUAAGCCCAAAGUUAUAAAUUCUGAUGCGGGAAAAUCUGAAUUAGACUUGAAUGAAGCGUAUAGAAUGAUUGACUAUUUAGCCAAAGAUAGGAAAUUAUCUUUGAGAAUAAGCAAGGACGGACAGAUUGUCGAUUAUAAAAUAACUUCAAUUGAAGACAUCAAACCAGAAGAAGAGGAAGACAAGAAUUUAUAUUCAGGAGCUUUUAUUGCUGGAGUUACUUUCGGGUGCCUCGCUUUUGGAUGUAUUUUAGGAAUGUUUGCCUACUCUGAAUCAAAGAGAUUGGAAGACAUGUACAAGAAAUAAUAAAGAAAUUCUGAGUUUCUAAACUAUAUUCUUUAAUACUUGCCUAUAUUUUACAAAGCAUAUUUCCUUUAAAACGGCAGAGUUGUUAUUUUAUACCAUGAUGAAAUCAAUAAUUUGUGUAACCUGUUAUUAUACCUAUUUAAGUGAAAAUUAUAAAUAAAAAUAUCUAUGGUUUUGUUUGUUA